UCUGGCAGUCUCGGUUCGACGACUCCAUUUUCCUCGGCGGGGGCUGACUGCGUCCGAGCCGCGGCGGGGUUCAGUCUUCUCCAGGGGAGGAGACGCUGCGGCAAUGUCUGAUUUUGUGGAGAGCGAGGCUGAGGAGUCCGAGGAGGAAUACAACGAUGAUGGCGAGGUGGUGCCCCGAGUCACCAAGAAAUUUGUGGAAGAGGAAGAUGAUGAUGAGGAGGAGGAGGAGAACCUAGAUGACCAAGAUGAGCAAGGCAACCUGAAAGGCUUUAUCAAUGACGACGACGAUGAAGAUGAAGGGGAGGAGGAUGAGGGUAGUGAUUCUGGUGACUCAGAAGAUGACGUCGGCCACAAGAAGAGAAAGCGGACAUCCUUCGAUGACCGCCUGGAGGAUGACGAUUUUGACCUCAUUGAAGAGAAUUUGGGUGUCAAAGUCAAACGAGGACAAAAGUACCGGCGCGUCAAGAAAAUGUCAGAUGACGAGGAGGACGAUGAAGAGGAGUAUGGCAAGGAAGAGCACGAAAAAGAGGCCAUCGCGGAGGAGAUCUUCCAAGAUGGGGAAGGGGAAGAGGGCCAGGAGGCUGUGGAGGCCCCCAUUGCUCCUCCAGAGGAAGAGGAAGAAGAUGAUGAAGAGUCAGACAUUGACGACUUCAUUGUGGACGAUGACGGGCAGCCUCUGAAGAAGCCUAAGUGGCGGAAGAAGCUUCCUGGAUACACCGAUGCCGCUCUGCAGGAAGCCCAGGAGAUCUUCGGGGUGGACUUCGACUACGACGAGUUUGAGAAGUACAACGAGUACGAUGAGGAACUGGAGGAGGAGUACGAGUACGAGGACGAUGAGGCUGAGGGCGAAAUCCGAGUGCGCCCCAAGAAGACCGCCAAGAAGCGCGUGAGCCGCAGGAGCAUCUUCGAAGUGUAUGAGCCCAGUGAGCUGGAGAGCAGCCACCUCACUGAUCAGGACAAUGAGAUCCGAGCCACGGACCUGCCUGAGCGAUUCCAGCUCCGUUCCAUCCCAGUCAAGGCGGCUGAGGAUGAUGAACUAGAAGAAGAAGCCGACUGGAUCUACCGGAAUGCCUUUGCCACACCAACCAUUUCUCUACAGGAAAGCUGUGAUUACCUGGACCGUGGGCAGCCGGCAAGCAGCUUUAGUCGGAAAGGACCCAGCACAAUCCAGAAGAUUAAAGAAGCCCUGGGCUUCAUGCGAAAUCAGCAUUUUGAGGUGCCUUUUAUUGCUUUCUACCGGAAGGAGUAUGUGGAGCCUGAAUUGCACAUUAAUGACCUCUGGAGAGUGUGGCAGUGGGAUGAGAAGUGGACCCAGCUAAGGAUCCGCAAAGAGAACCUCACGCGGCUGUUCGAGAAGAUGCAGGCUUACCAGUACGAGCAAAUCUCGGCUGACCCUGACAAACCUCUUGCUGAUGGCAUCCGGGCUCUGGACACGACUGACAUGGAGAGGCUCAAAGAUGUACAGUCGGUGGAUGAGCUGAAAGACGUGUACAACCACUUCCUGCUUUAUUAUGGUCGCGAUAUCCCCAAGAUGCAGAAUGCCGCCAAGGCUAGCCGCAAGAAACUGAAGCGCAUAAGGGAAGAGGGGGAUGAAGAAGGUGAAGGUGAGGAGGCAGAAGAUGAGGAUCAGAGGGGGCCAGAGCUCAAGCAGGCCUCCCGCCGAGACAUGUACACCAUCUGCCAGAGCGCUGGGCUAGAUGGCCUGGCCAAGAAGUUCGGGCUCACCCCUGAGCAGUUUGGAGAGAAUCUCCGGGAUAGCUACCAGCGGCACGAGACGGAGCAGUUCCCCGCAGAGCCUUUGGAGCUGGCCAAGGAUUACGUUUGCAGUCAAUUUCCUACACCGGAAUCUGUGCUGGAAGGUGCCCGGUACAUGGUAGCCCUGCAGAUUGCCCGAGAGCCCCUCGUCCGGCAAGUGCUCAGGCAGACCUUUCAGGAGAGAGCCAAGCUAAAUAUAACCCCCACCAAGAAAGGUAGAAAGGAUGUGGAUGAGGCCCACUAUGCCUAUUCCUUCAAAUACCUCAAGAACAAACCUGUGAAGGAGCUCAGAGAUGACCAGUUUCUCAAGAUCUGCCUGGCUGAAGAUGAGGGCCUGCUCACCAUUGACAUCAGCAUAGAUAUGAAGGGAGUCGAGGGGUAUGGCAACGACCAGACCUAUUUUGAAGAGAUCAAGCAGUUUUACUACCGAGACGAGUUCAGCCACCAGGUGCAGGAGUGGAACCGUCAGCGCACCAUGGCCAUCGAGCGAGCUUUGCAGCAGUUCCUCUAUGUGCAGGUGGCCAAAGAGCUCAAGAACAAGCUCCUGUCUGAAGCCAAGGAGUACGUCGUAAAGGCCUGUAGUCGAAAGUUAUACAACUGGCUGAGGGUGGCGCCCUACCGGCCAGAUCAGCAGGUAGAAGAAGAUGAUGACUUCAUGGACGAGAACCAAGGGAAGGGCAUUCGUGUCUUAGGCAUCGCCUUCUCCUCUGCCAGGGAUCACCCCGUGUUCUGCGCCCUGGUCAACGGUGAGGGAGAAGUGACAGACUUCCUCCGGCUGCCCCAUUUCACCAAGCGGCGAACUGCCUGGAGAGAGGAAGAGCGGGAGAAGAAGGCUCAUGACAUUGAAACCCUGAAGAAAUUUCUUACAAACAAGAAGCCCCAUGUGGUGACAGUUGCAGGAGAAAACAGGGAUGCCCAGAUGUUGAUUGAGGAUGUGAAGCGCAUUGUACAUGAACUGGACCAGGGCCAACAGCUGUCCUCUAUUGGGGUGGAGCUGGUUGAUAAUGAGUUGGCAGUUCUCUAUAUGAACAGCAAGAAGUCGGAGGCAGAGUUCCGGGAUUACCCUCCGGUGCUGAGACAGGCCGUCUCCCUGGCCCGGCGCAUCCAGGACCCUCUGAUUGAAUUUGCCCAAGUGUGCAGUUCAGAUGAAGACAUCCUGUGUCUAAAGUUUCACCCUUUGCAGGAGCAUGUGGUCAAGGAGGAGCUGCUGAAUGCCUUGUACUGUGAAUUUAUCAACCGCGUCAAUGAGGUUGGGGUUGAUGUCAACCGUGCCAUUGCCCACCCCUACAGCCAGGCCCUGAUCCAGUACGUCUGCGGCCUGGGACCUCGCAAAGGGACCCACCUCCUGAAGAUCCUGAAACAGAACAACACCCGGCUCGAGAGCCGGACACAGCUGGUCACCAUGUGCCACAUGGGUCCCAAAGUCUUCAUGAACUGUGCUGGCUUCCUCAAGAUCGACACGGCCUCCCUGGGGGACAGCACUGACUCAUACAUUGAAGUCCUUGAUGGCUCUCGUGUCCACCCUGAGACCUAUGAGUGGGCCAGGAAGAUGGCAGUGGAUGCCCUGGAGUACGAUGAGUCAGCCGAAGAUGCCAACCCUGCAGGGGCCCUGGAGGAGAUCCUAGAAAACCCAGAGCGACUCAAGGACCUGGACCUGGACGCCUUUGCAGAAGAACUGGAGAGGCAGGGCUAUGGGGACAAACACAUCACCCUGUACGACAUCCGGGCAGAGCUGAGCUGUCGGUACAAGGACCUGAGGACAGCCUACCGCUCCCCCAACACAGAGGAGAUCUUCAACAUGCUGACCAAAGAGACCCCGGAGACCUUCUACAUCGGCAAGCUCAUCAUCUGCAUCGUCACCGGCAUCGCCCACAGGCGGCCCCAGGGGGAGAGCUACGACCAGGCGAUCCGCAACGAUGAGACAGGACUGUGGCAGUGCCCCUUCUGUCAGCAGGACAGCUUCCCUGAGCUGAGUGAGGUGUGGAACCACUUCGACAGCGGUUCCUGCCCAGGCCAGGCCAUCGGUGUCAAGACACGGUUAGACAAUGGGGUCGCCGGCUUCAUCCCCACCAAAUUCCUCAGUGACAAAGUGGUGAAGCGUCCAGAAGAACGGGUGAAGGUGGGAAUGACCGUCCACUGUCGCAUCAUGAAGAUUGACAUCGAGAAGUUCAGUGCAGACCUGACCUGCCGCACCUCAGACCUCAUGGACAGGAACAACGAGUGGAAGCUGCCCAAGGACACCUACUACGACUUUGAUGCCGAAGCCGCAGACCACAAGCAGGAUGAGGACAGGAAGCGGAAGCAGCAGCGGACCACAUACAUCAAGCGAGUCAUUGCACACCCGUCAUUCCAUAACAUCAACUUCAAGCAAGCAGAAAAGAUGAUGGAGACCAUGGACCAGGGCGAUGUGAUCAUCCGGCCGAGCAGCAAGGGUGAGAAUCACUUGACCGUGACCUGGAAGGUCAGUGAUGGCAUCUACCAACACGUGGACGUCCGGGAGGAAGGCAAGGAAAAUGCCUUCAGUUUGGGAGCCACACUGUGGAUCAACAGUGAGGAAUUUGAAGACCUGGAUGAGAUUGUUGCCCGCUACGUCCAGCCCAUGGCUUCCUUUGCCCGCGAUCUUCUGAACCACAAAUAUUAUCAGGACUGCAGUGGUGGGGACCGCAAGAAAUUAGAGGAGCUGCUUGUCAAAACUAAGAAGGAGAAGCCUACCUUCAUCCCUUAUUUCAUCUGUGCCUGCAAGGAACUACCCGGCAAGUUCCUCCUGGGAUACCAGCCCCGGGGGAAACCCAGGGUCGAGUACGUCACUGUGACUCCAGAAGGGCUCCGGUACCGGGGCCAAGUCUUCUCCACCGUGAACGGCCUCUUCAGGUGGUUUAAGGACCAUUACCAGGAUCCUGUCCCAGGCAUCACCCCGAGCAGCAGCAGCAGGACUCGGACCCCUGCCUCGAUCAAUGCCACCCCUGCCAACAUCAACCUCGCCGAUCUCACCCGAGCCGUGAACGCCCUGCCCCAGAACAUGACCUCCCAGAUGUUCAGUGCCAUUGCUGCUGUGACAGGCCAAGGACAGAACCCAAACACCACCCCCGCCCAAUGGGCCUCCAGCCAGUAUGGCUACGGGGGCAGUGGAGGGGGCAGCAGCGCCUAUCAUGUAUUCCCAACGCCUGCCCAGCAGCCAGUGGCCACGCCAUUAAUGACCCCCAGCUACUCCUACACGACCCCGAGCCAACCCAUCACCACGCCGCAGUACCACCAGCUGCAGGCCAGCACCACCCCCCAGUCGGCCCAGGCCCAGGCCCAGCCCCAGCCUUCCUCCAGCUCCCGGCAACGGCAACAACAGCCAAAGUCCAACAGCCACGCAGCCAUCGACUGGGGCAAGAUGGCAGAGCAGUGGCUUCAGGAAAAGGAGGCAGAGCGGCGGAAACAGAAGCAGCGGCUAACGCCUCGGCCUUCCCCCAGCCCCAUGAUCGAAAGCACCCCCAUGUCCAUUGCUGGCGAUGCCACCCCGCUCCUGGAUGAGAUGGAUCGGUAGGGGGCCUGCUCCUAGGACUCGGCUGACCUCUGAGCCUGGGAAAGACCUGCCUGGCUGCCCACAGCCUCACUCCCUGUCCCCUCCUUUUCUGUCCAUAAAGUGGCGUGAAGUGACGUUCUCUUUGUUGGUCAGCCUGGAUGGGUGACAUUGGAUGGCCUUGCAAACUUGAUCUCAGUGUGCCCUAGACACGGUUCCUCCCUGGUCCACAUCCCGGGUCCUUGCCGACCGUCUUGCCUGGGCCCAGGCUCAAGGGGGCAGUGUGGCAGGGAGGAGGAAGAGGAGGAGACUGAGAAUGAUGGAACUGUGUUGUAUUCUCCCUACAAGCCAUUUCAGCUUCUGCUGCCAUCUGACUGAGCUGUGACGGGGACACCAACUCGGCAGCAGUCUCCCCUGGCUCCUGUGGGGAAAGGGAUACUAUUUAUUCAGUGGGGGCAGGAGGGAAGGAGUCUGACCCCGAUGCCAACAGCUAGAGUGGCUGUUGGCACAGGAAAGCAGGGGACAGAGCAGAGCUGCACUGCCCAGCCCCUGCCUGACGCCCUUACCCACCUGCUGCCACUUCUGCCUCCUGCCUGUCAUUGGAAUAAACAGUGUUUCUACAGA